AUGGACGUGGAGGAUGCAGCGGCUGAAAGUCUUUCUCAGGCAGCACUGGAUGUCUCACCCCUCAAUCGUGAUGUGCGAUCUCCCAAGACAUCUCCACUACCUUCCAUCAUGAUUUCUACUGUUUCUUCUCCUCUCUCCUCUCAAGACCGAGAUUCAACUCGUCUCCCAGUGCAAAUGCGUCAUUAUAAUGACGCCAGCUUCGUGUUCCCUCAUCACGAACAUGGCCUUAUGCCAUCAGACCUCCAGGCCAGACACGUCAAGGAAGGUAGGAUCGAACCAACUGCAGGACCAUCUUGGGUGCCCUCAGAGGCUCAUGGGCUACACAGCACCUCUCCUGGUGCUCGUACUGGGAAUCUGCCUUCGUCUAACAUCGAAAACACUCCCAUCGAACAAGUGUUUCAGGUCGAUGACGAACAAAUUUUGCAACAAGGUUUCGUAGAGAUCAUGAGCAUAGUCGAACGGCUGUCUGCAAGGACACGUUUAUCUCUCUCUAAUAUACUUGCACGAUGGACUCACAAACUGUCAUCCGACCACAUUGCGUCUCAUUACGACCACGCUUAUCAGCGCUUUUGUCAACAUUAUGUGAAUACUUCGGACGCUGCUUCAUUGCCAGCCUUUCCAUCCAGCUAUUCCCUCUUUCGCAUGGCACAAGGUGACAAGGUUGAUAACCUAUUGGAGAAAUUCAACGAGUUUGAGCUCGUGUCUGGCCAAGGAUACACUUCAACCGAGCGUCGUCGGGAUUUCACCCAGUGUUUCAAUCAAUUAAAACACCUGGCCGAGAUUCAUUCGAAAUUAUAUGGUUUCGAGAUGGCGUUUGUCAUGGCCGGCAACAUACCGAAUGCUGACUCUGACCUUGCGGACGUAUUCGCCACGAAAGAAGCAAGAGGAUUUUUUGAAAUGCGUUGCGGUUCAGACGACAACACUUUGAUCUCCCACCUGAAGGCACAUAUUUACAACAAUGUAUCUCUUGGGAUCCUAAAUAGGGCGCAGACGAAUAAGCUACAGAAUCAUGUCCAGGAUGCUACGUUGUCAGAACCCAAGGCAACACUUACCACGACUGGGCCUGUGAACCAGCAAAGCAAUUCAAAAAACCUCACAAAACAUGAAAAAAUUGUAUCUAUCAAGUCCAUGGGGCGAAAAUUGAUGGAGAAAGUUGGUAUCACCACUUCCGACCUAUUUCCGUGGAAGAGGAUGCUAGAAGUUUUAGCUGAUGCUGGAGCCAUAUUGGUCAACUAUCCUGAGGUUGUCAGGCUGCCCUUGCCUACUUCCGCGAAGAAAGGCAUCACUCAACUGACGAAGGUCGAGAUUGACAUGCUCCACGCGGCAAUGACGCGUACAAGGAACCCUUUUGAUAUCCAGAAAUAUGAGGGGAAGCUCGAAGACCUACAAUCGUCACUCGUCCCCGUAAUCUACGGUGGUUCUCCUGGCCCUGAUUCCCAAGGAAAGACGGGUUUGAGGUUGUUUCGGAAUGGUAGGAGCGUAAACCGAGGUUCCCGCCGAAUGAGUGACGACGAGGAUGCUGAGGAAAAUUCUGGAACCGAAGAAGGAUUCCCCAUCCUGGAGGUGCCGGUGGCAGCAGAUCUACCUGUUAGUGGGAACGACGCGAUCGAGUCGAUCGAGUCGGAUUCUGAUGCAGAGAUCGAUCAGUUAGUGUCAUCCUCCCCACCACUCGCUCGGCGCACUCGCUCCCACUCAGCGAUGAAGGUUGUGUCUUCAAGUCGUCGAAUGAACUUACUCAGUGGCCGCCAAGUUAAUCCAGGUGCCGCAGGGAGAGAUGCUAUCUCUGAAGAGCCUCUGGCCGACGAAACUUCAUUGCACCGACCACUGCUUGGCACUAAGCGUAAAAGGGAAAUUUCUGCGGGCGACGAUGCAAAUAUUACACAGCCGUUAGCACCCCCUCAAAUUGGCAUUACGGCUCAUAACACAGAACCUAGCUCGAGUGCGCAAGACCUUCGGAUGCCCCAAAACGAAGGAUUACUGGCCAAUUCGAUGCCCAGUACGAAACGUCCACGGGUUCAUUUCGAAAAUUCCAUAGCAGACGCUGCUGCGGAUCACAGCCUCCGUCAUUCGCAGUGUACGAGCGAAGGUAACACCUAUGUCACGGAACCGAGCUCAGGCUCGCCACUGCACCCAGGCAACACUAGUCUCACGGUUGGAGCGACGCAUCUUCCUCAACCGACGCGCGAUAACACUGUUGAGGCCACUGGGUUAGAUGAUAGUGGGGGCGCAGACCAGGAGCUGAUCGAAGAAGUGGACCAGAGAGUGACCUCUGAUCCUGGGAGUCUCAAAUUCAUGGGCGGCACUCCUCUCACAGACAGACGCAGUCACGACGUCACCAGUAUUGGUUCUGAUCUGGUGGAAGGCAAGCCAUCUCUAAUGGGGAAUAGAGAAGCGAAGACCGACCAUGACGGUAUUAAGCCAGUUGCCGGUGGCUCAGUCAUGCAACACAAUACUGACGUGCAUGCCAGUGGUCGUGUCAUGACUGGCGAAGCUGUGGGUGCGUCGAGGAGCGUUGUCAGCGACGUCCGAGAGGCUCAGCACCCUCCAGCAUCGAUCCCCCCUUACAGUCCGGUGAUGCCGGAACGUGCGCAACCCACCCUCCUCGACGAGGCUAGCCACCCUCCCACAUCAAUUCCCCCUCAUAAUUUGGUGAUGCCGCAUGCACAACAAUUAUGGGCACCGUACGCUGCACCUGGAAAUUAUAUGCAUUCGUCAUAUCGCCAAGCGCGUCCUCUGCCCACAUAUCCGGAACGAGGGCGCCAUGACGAUGCCCCUGCAAUGGCUCAGUAUCAGGGUACAAUGUAUGAAGACGGACGAAGUGGUGGUUAUGUGCCGUAUUCUAGUGGCGCAGCUUAUCCUGCAGAACUCCAGUUCCAAGGUCCACCAUAUGGCUAUGGUCCCGACUACACUACAAGUUAUGUCUCACCUCACGGAUACCCUCCACAAUCUUAUGCGCCGUACCAUUCACCGAUGUACCGAAGGUAUGGUUCUAUGCCUCCUCAGGGAUUAGGAGAUGCUCCGCUGCAGCAGGGCUAUGGCGCGCUCCACCCUCAAGCGGGCUAUCUAUCGCCAUUCCCGUACAAACCAUCGCCAUCUCCAACUUCCUUUCCUUUGUUAUCUCCACGAGAACCUUUAACUUCGUGGCCUCCCAUACCGCCGUCGACCACCGGAGAGCCACCGACAGCUAAACCCCGGAAGUCUUCGCUGUAUACUCCAGAGCAUCUAGCAAUGCAUCCCGACGAGCUACGAGAAACCUCGACAUCGUACGCUGACAAGCCUCCGUCAUUCUCUCGGGACGAUCCAGCGCCUCCUCAUUGGGAUGCUGCUACCGAUGCCCGCAACCGCCUGCCAGUUGUGCAACAAUAA